AUGUCCAUUAACCAACCAGAAUGGCCUGAACCAAUAAUCAGGGUUCAAUCUUUGUCCAAAAGUUGCACAGAUUCAAUCCCUGAAAGGUAUAUCAAGCCCUCUACUGAUAGGCCAUCAAUAAGCUCUUCUUCUUGUGAUGAUGUUGAUGCCAAUAUUCCAAUCAUAGACCUUGGAGGUCUAUAUGGUGACCAAGAUACCCGAGCCUCAAUCCUUAAGCAAAUCUCAGACGCUUGCAAUGAGUGGGGUUUCUUCCAAAUCAUAAACCAUGGUGUUAGCCCUGAUUUGAUGGACAAGGCUAGGGAAACAUGGCGUCAAUUUUUUCACUUGCCUAUGGAGGUGAAGCAGCAAUAUGCAAACUCACCAAAAACUUAUGAAGGGUAUGGUAGCAGGCUUGGAGUUGAGAAAGGUGCUAUUCUUGAUUGGAGUGAUUAUUACUAUCUUCACUACCUUCCCUUAUCACUUAAGGACUACAACAAAUGGCCAGCUAUGCCUCCUUCUUGCAGGGAAGUGUUUGAUGAGUAUUAUGGGAGAGAGUUGGUGAAGCUUGGUGGGAGGUUAAUGAAGGUUCUUUCAAUAAACCUUGGAUUGGAAGAGGGGCUUCUUCAAAAAGCUUUUGGGGGUGAGGAUAUUGGGUCAUGUCUAAGAGUGAAUUUUUAUCCAAAGUGUCCAAGGCGAGAGCUGACACUGGGUUUGUCAUCACACUCAGACCCAGGAGGUAUGACUAUGUUGCUUCCAGAUAACCAAGUACCUGGUCUUCAAGUCCGAAAAUGUGAUAAUUGGAUUACUGUGAAGCCUGCUCGCCAUGCCUUCAUUGUCAAUAUUGGUGAUCAAAUUCAGGGAAUUAAUCUCUCUCUCUCUCACACACAUAAUUAUCCAUAUAAAGGGAAUGCUUGGCCAUGA